AUGGGGUUGAUUUCCCUCGUCGCGAUCACUGGCUGGAAUAUUGCCCCCGCCCUAAAGUGUGUUCGCGGAAUGGAUAUCUUAUUCCUUGCUGUCUUGCUUUCUUCUCUACUACUGGUAAGUGUGGGAAGUGUUUCGACGGUAUGGAGUCGCGAAUUCAACGGUCCCCGCGUGAAAGCGGUGAAGGUGGCCUACUGGCAUACGGAUGUGCUUCUGCAAAAUGGUUCUCGUGUGUACUACGACCAAUCCAAAUACAACUGCCCUUCCUAUGAAGAAAGCAUGCAGGCUGACAUCACAUUCUUGUUCACCGGCAGUACAGCUCUCUUUGCGGCCUCCCUAUUGGCUGUUUUCGCAGUCCUAGCACCCAAGGUGCGUGUUGUAUCCUGCAUUCUUGCAGGUAUUGCUUCAGUUUGUCUUUGCAUCUCAUGGGGAUUUUCCAUCAGCGCACUUCACACAACGUUCUGCAAAGACGCAGGCGAAGGAAAACGGAUUGAGGACUACUCUGGAAUACCCUUUGAAAGCGGCGGUGGUUACACGAAAUUCGACGGGUAUCUUCUCCAGGAGGGUGUAGUGUUUGUAAUUAUAGCUUCAGUUCUGACGCUCAACAGUGUUGUCCUUAAUUUAUUGUUCCCUUAA